UUAAACAUUUGACUGUCCUUCAAAAUGUGAGUCUCUAUGUACAUUUAUUCCACUAGUGACUCGAAUAGAUGGGUUUUACACAAUAUUUUUGCUGUUACUGUCAGCCAUAAACAAAUUACAUGCAUUUAACAAGUUAAUGUCAGAUUGGCCCGGAUCCACUAGGAGGUGUGUACUUAGUGACAUCAGCUGGCAAUGUGCCCUGGUAACAGGGAGGGUGGAAGGAUAGUAGAGAGAGAGGAAGCAGGAGGGAGGGAGAGAAAGAGAGACUGACUGUAUCUGGGGAUUCUGGCAAGGUGAAGAGCUGGUCUGUUUGGCAGGACCUUCCCAUCUGGGAUCCAUCUGUGUUUCCCUGGAAUGGGACAGGCAGCUCUAGUCAGUGAGAAAUCGCAGAUGUGAGAGAGCUGACACAUGUCCAGCUAAUGAAAGGAGGAGGAAGGCUGGUCUGCAAUUGGGCUUUGAAGAUUAGGGGGAGAAAAGAGAGCUUUUUAAUACCUAUUUGGUAUAUUACGAAUCUGGAUUUUAUAAUUUGGACAUUCGGGUUGGUUGUGAGAAAAGGGUGCCAGCGAUGCCUGGAUCGCCUGUGGAAGUGAAGAUACAGUCAAGAUCGUCACCUCCCAUCAUGCCACCUCUCCCACCAAUAAACCCUGGAGGACCGAGGCCAGUGUCCUUUACUCCUACAGCAUUAAGCAAUGGCAUCAACCAUUCCCCUCCUACCUUGAAUGGCGCCCCAUCACCACCACAGAGAUUCAGCAAUGGGCCUGCCUCCUCCACAUCAUCAGCACUGACAAAUCAACAGCUGCCAGCUACUUGUGGUGCUAGGCAACUCAGCAAGUUGAAACGCUUUCUCACUACUCUGCAACAGUUUGGCAAUGACAUUUCACCUGAGAUCGGUGAGAAGGUUCGGACUCUAGUUCUAGCCUUGGUGAACUCAACAGUGACAAUUGAAGAAUUCCAUUGCAAGCUCCAGGAGGCUACAAACUUUCCUCUUCGUCCAUUUGUGAUUCCAUUUCUCAAGGCUAACCUGCCCCUGCUGCAGCGAGAACUGCUGCACUGUGCCCGGGCUGCCAAGCAGACCCCAUCCCAGUACCUGGCCCAGCAUGAGCACCUUCUGCUCAACACCAGUAUCGCAUCUCCUGCUGACUCUUCUGAACUGCUUAUGGAGGUUCAUGGAAAUGGAAAGAGGCCCAGUCCGGAAAGGAGGGACGAGAAUAAUUUUGAAAGAGAUACAGUUCCUCCUGAACCGCCUGCCAAGAGAGUGUGUACUAUCAGCCCUGCUCCUCGGCACAGUCCCGCCCUCACUGUUCCCCUUAUGAAUCCUGGGGGCCAGUUCCAUCCUACUCCACCACCUCUUCAGCACUAUACCCUAGAAGACAUUGCAACUUCUCACCUGUAUCGGGAACCAAACAAGAUGAUAGAACACCGAGAAGUUCGUGAGAGGCACCACAAUCUUAGUCUCAAUGGAGGCUAUCAAGAUGAGUUGGUAGACCACCGUUUGACAGAAAGGGAGUGGGCUGAUGAAUGGAAACAUCUUGACCAUGCCCUGAAUUGCAUUAUGGAAAUGGUCGAGAAAACGAGGCGCUCCAUGGCAGUUCUGAGGCGCUGUCAGGAGUCGGAUCGUGAAGAACUCAACUAUUGGAAACGGCGAUUUAAUGAAAAUACAGAGUUGAGGAAAACUGGGACUGAAUUGGUCUCUAGGCAGCACAGCCCGGGGAGUACAGAUUCUCUCAGCAAUGACUCUCAGCGGGAAUUCACUAGUAGGCCAGCAACAGGAUAUGUGCCUGUGGAGUUUUGGAAGAAAACAGAAGAAGCUGUGAAUAAGGUGAAAAUCCAGGCCAUGUCAGAGGUACAAAAGGCUGUAGCUGAGGCAGAGCAAAAAGCCUUUGAAGUGAUUGCAACGGAGAGAGCUCGGAUGGAGCAGACCAUAGCGGACGUCAAACGGCAGGCUGCAGAAGAUGCUUUCCUGGUCAUCAAUGAGCAAGAAGAGUCCACAGAGAACUGCUGGAACUGUGGCCGAAAAGCCAGUGAGACGUGCAGUGGCUGCAAUAUUGCUCGAUACUGUGGUUCCUUCUGCCAGCAUAAGGACUGGGAGCGGCACCACCGCCUCUGUGGCCAGAGUCUACAUGGCCACAGUCCCCACAGCCAGAGCCGGCCACUGCUCCCUGGAGGGCGGGGCUCAGCCAGGUCUGCUGACUGCAGUGUGCCCAGCCCAGCCCUGGACAAGACCUCAGCUACCACCUCACGGUCCUCAACACCUGCCUCUGUGACAGCCAUUGAUGCCAACGGGCUCUGAACUACAGACUCCAUCUGCCCUGAUGACCCCUCCACAUGGCAGAAUGCUUACACCAGUGAGCUGGCUAUUAGGACAAGUAGCUGUUGGGUCAUCAGCAAAAAAUGAAGUGGCAGGAAGCAUCCAAGAGGCACUUCACAGCUUCUCUGGGAUUUGCCGCAUGUCCUUGGAAGAACUAUUGUAUCCUUCUCUGCACACAGGAAGUAGCUUGAGCUGCCUCCUCCAUGGCUUUCCUGAGGUUUCUCUUCCAGCUAAAGCUGGCAUAACCAGCCCCCUCUCAGUGUAUACACCAGCUCCCUUCGACUCCUUGCAUCAGCAGAUUGUCAGUAGUGUCCCAGCAGGCACCAGUGUCCCACACAGUCCACAGCAGAGGCCUGAAGACUGGUAGCAGGCUUAGGAGGAGGCCCUUACUUCCACUGCCUUCAAACAGUUCCUUGUGCCCUAUAUCCACCCUCAAGUGACACUGAUUGGCCUGAGAGAGACUUGGGUAGCACGGAAGCAGUGCUCAGGACUCUUUCCUGAGCCACUCAGAGCUGUUACAAUGCUCAGAAAUGCAAGAAAGAAGUCGCAUUCCAGGAAAAUCUCUAGUAAUGAUAAAAAAAAAUUAAAUUAGUCUUCCCCAGCACCAUGAUCAUUUUGGACAAGGUUUUCCACCCUGACCGUCAUCAUUAGUUUGGAACCCACCCCCGGCUCCAGCGUUUCUCUUGAUUUUUGCUUGUGCAAAAAAUAAUCUCCAUCGCAUGGAUCGGUCUAAGAGAGGAUGAAACCAUUGUUUUAGUCUUUUCUCUGAGCAUGUUGGCCAAACUAAAAUAUUCCGUGGAUCACCUUGGAAAUGCAAACCCUCUGCCACUGCUUGACUGUUUAAAACAGUCCCCUUGUUCUGUGGGUCCUUUUCUUUCUGGGACUGUGCAUGUCUGGAUCCUUGGGGAUGUCUCUUGCGGGUAGGUUCUGUUUGGCACCUAAGCAGUGAUCCUGACCCUGAUGGGAUUAUUCACACCUGGUUUUGACACCACCUCAUAGGUUCAUUAUCAGAUGGACAUUCUUGGCAUCCUUUUUCUGUGCUAUAUAUUUGAUAGUGUCCCUCACAGCUCAGAGUUUGUGAAGAAUGAGAACCAUUUUUGAAGAGCCUGACCUGUUUUUCUUCCCAUCUUCAGGAACUUUUCCAAUUAUCUGAUUCUUCAAAUAGAAUUUAGAGACAUUGAUCAGGUCAUUACUGGACCCAUUGAUCAGGCCAAGUACUGUUCACAUCUUUUCCCUUGCCAUCUGAAGUUUGUUAGUUGUCAACACCUUGCCUCGGCCACUCAGUAUACUUCAGAAUCUUUUUGCCCUGUGCAAUCUAUUGGGAUAAGUCAUUACCUUUGAUCCUGUUGGUUUUUGGAAGCUGUGGUCACUUUUUGUAAAAUGACCAAGUCUGAAUAACAAAUCUAAAUACUAGCCCUUGCCCCAUAAAAGUAUGGAUGUAUUGUCCUUGUACACCAUUAAGGCUGAUUUAAAAAUACUGAGUCCCUAUCUUAUUGGAACAAGGGUUCCCAGACUUAGAAACGUAGACCUUUAAAAUCAUGUUAUUUUAACAGAAUACCCAAGACCCACUGCUUGCCAGACAGCCUAGUGCAGCCUGGCCUCCCUGAUCCCAUCCCAUCAGUCUAGUGGGGACAACAUUGUUUUAUAUUAGAUACGAGUUAGUACCAGACAGUAUUUGUCCAUACUCUCAGACACAGAACUGUGAAAAGAAGAUCAUGGGCUUCUGUGAAUGUGAGAAUGUCUCUUGCUAUACCCUGGAUCAGCUAUUCAUUAGUAAAUUAGAUGAACACCUUUUAAGUGUUAAAAUCUCUUUGCCACAGGACUAUUCCAGAUAGUUGAAGUAAGGACCAAUACAUUACUUCUUACCAGGUUAGAGAUCAGUUUGUACAGCAAAGGUUUGGGAUACAAAAUCUAGCCUACCUUUGUGGCUAUGUGGUUGACCUGACAGAUUCUGAGUUUCUAUAGUGCUAUUGGGGACUACUUGGCUUCUAUGUCCUACGCAGGUUGGUCUACAGACUCAGACAGUUCUUUACACUAUAUAUAGUUCAGUUCUCAGACUUGUCUCUAUCUUGCCUCUGGUCAGCAUCACUCUUAAAUGGCAUCUGCUUAGGACUUUUCAGAUUUAAGGAGUUUCUUUCUGCACUUCUCCAACUCCUCCCUAGGCAAGAGCACCAGCAGCGUCUGGGGUAGGAGCUGGAGUUACAAGUGAGUCCUGGCUCACCACUUUAUUAUUUCUAGGCUGCUUAUAUGACCCACGAGGCUGGGAGUGAACAUAAAGCUUCAGGCUGCUCAGAAGCCUGGCCUCUGCUCAGUAACUAUUUGAGGAAGAAAUGUGGUCAGGGCUUGGUCAUCCUGUACCAAGUGAGGGAUAAAAUUGCAGGAAGUAGACAACAAAAUAGCUAAACUGGGAGUCAUGCACCAUUCCCCACUCCAGCAAAUGGUGGAGAUUUGUCAAAACUAGCUUGGGACGUGGCUUAUUUGGUAGCAUGACUAGCAUGGAUUUAAUUCCCAGUGUGACAUAAACCAGCCAUGGUAGUACAUAACUGUAAUCCUCUAACACUUAGGAGGUGGAAGCAGGAGGACCAAAAGUUUAAGAUUAUCCAUAGCUGCUUAGCAAGUUUGAGGCCAGCCUAAAUUCCAUGAGACCUAUCUCACAAAAAGACUCAUUGAAGGGUCUCUGCAGCUUCUUCAUAUUGCCUCAUGCAGGAGGUGGUGGUGAGGGCACAGGCUGAAUGGCUUUUUUCCUAAGGUACUAAGUUAUGUGCUGCCAUGGAUCCCUAUGGAACACCCUGUCUGGCCCCGAGGUCUAUCCAGGCAUUGGCUGUCAAUCUUCUGUAAUGUGGACUCCUUUACCCAUUCAAUCCCCAAGAAGUGCUUCGCAUCUUGAUGUCAACUUUGUCAUCUUUAGCUUCCAAAGCGGAAGUACAUUUUAGUUGUGUUCUUGUCACCUUCUCAGAGAGAGAGUGAAGACAUUUUUUUCUGAGUGGUUCUAGAAACUAUCUCAGCAGGUGUGUGAGGCCUCAACACAACUGCAAGUGUGUGUUAGUGGUUCUCCCUAGAGCAUAAGGAAUGAGCAGAUGGCCUUCAUUCUGGAAACUGCAGACAGGAUUGUGGGUUGAAUAAACCUUUACAAAUGGGACACAUCUUGGAGGCUUACUUCAGAACUGGACUGGAACCAAGGUUUUCAGGCUCCUGGCCCAGGAGACUAAGCCAUUGUGCUUUGAUGAAUGUUAGCUAUUUGCAGAGAACUGGGUGGUGGCAUGUUUGAACCAAAUGUGAGGAAAGCCAGAAGGAACUGAGCUGGCCAUUGUGGGCCAGAUGGCCAGCUGUGGAAGACCCUUGAUCCAGCAGCUGCUUAGCAGAGCCUGGCCACUCAAGUAUAUUCCUUUAAAGCCAAAAUGCUGACUACCUGCUUCUGCCUCAUGUUGACACCCAUUUCCAAAGAUGAUGGAGCAAGUGUGAGCCAGAAGGAAGCUGAGAUGGUGGGUGAUAAUUCACUCUGUCAUCUUUCCUUCCACAGCCCGAGAGGUGGUACUUCCUGCUCAGACCCCGUCUUGUCAGGCCUCCAGCUGCCCAGUGUAAACUGUCAAUGCUUAUACCAAAAAGGGCAUGUGCAGCUGGUGUCUGUCAGGGACAGCCCAGUCCCUGCCUUGUAGUUCCCAGGAAGAAGCUGCAACAAUUCAGUGAAUGGUUAAAGGGCUGUUCUAUAAUAAAGCCUUCGUUCCACUCCUGUAGCUUUCCAAGUUCCUGAUGAGACUACAAAGGCUCCAUCCAUACAGAAAACCAACAAUGUAAAUACAAGCCAGUCCUGCAAGCAUGGUUUGCAGAGGCGGGUGAUGAAUGUGAAGCCACCCGCAGGAUGCAUCUGAGUCUGGUUUUUCUGUGCUUUGUCAUUUGACUCAAUAGGAACUUUUGUUACUUAACUCUGUGCAUAACUUAUUUAAUGUACUGUAUAAAUGAACCAAAACUGUUAAAUAUGUAUUUAGUUUAUUCUACUUAAAGUAGUUAAUAAAAAUGCUAUAUUCCUUUUCUGA